AUGACUUCGAAGCCUAUUUCUCGAGAUGACCUUCUGGUGCUCCUUUCCUCCAUGGGCGUUGUUCUUCCCAAAGAUAACAAAUUACCUGAAGAAGAGCUCAACAAGCGGCUUAAAGAAGCCCUAGACACAUCGCAGGAGUAUUCGGAUGUCAUCAAGAAGGAACCUGUAGACCCUCUGUCCCUGCCUAAAUGGUCUUCAGAGGAGAAAACUUUAUAUCAGGCGUCGCAGAGGGACAGCCUGUUGGAAAAUUUAGGCGCUUCUUUUCCAUCAAACGCUGUCUCUUUGGCGAAGGAGUAUACCUUCAAGGAAAUGAAGCAGACUCUACUAGGCGUUGCGUAUACAUAUGACUUGGGCGUUAAAGAGAUCUCAUUUUUGACCCACGACGAUACGUGGGGUAUCUUUAUCAGGAUAAUUGGCGUUUACUGUCUCAAAAACGACAUCCCCUUGACUUACAUCCUAUACAAAGAACUAAAGCCCACAUCGGACACGCCUCUGGAUGUUCUUCGUCGUCAAGUCCGUCUAGAACAGGACGAUGUUACUUCACGGAUCAGUGACCUUGAGGGACGUGCAAUCCUAACGCUCUUUGAGCAGAAUGGCGCGAGGCUUGACCCAAAAUUGCUCCAACUUGCUGAAAGCCAAACAGUAAAACAUUCGGGUUUCCGACCUUCGUUUAUCCUCCCACUCUGUCCAAUCAACAUGCGCAAUCUAGGAAGCCUGACUAAGGAUCCUGGAUGCGAACAAAGGUGCGUGUUGAAUGUCAGCGAGAAGAUUGGCGAACUCACAAGUCGGCAUGCAAAUCAAUGA